GCGGAACAAUCAGAUCUUGUACAACUUCGUAACUUGUUCUUCCCUAACAAUAAACCCCUCGUCGAUCUCCUUGAUCUUGAUGUACUCAUUUUCUAAACGCAUUCUCGAUCCCAACACAGAAGGAGAAACAGAAUAUGAUCAUUGACUCUUCAAUAAAGAUCAUGGCAGGGGGAAACUCGUGAGACGUUUUCUUACUUCACUCAGCAGUGGUGACCAUGUGGUUUUUUCCUUCCAAGUCAUCUACAAAUAACUCGGCACGAACACCGGCCGCUUGAUCAAGAACAUGUCUUCCGCCUCGCCUUAUCGUCCAUGUGAGAGUCCUGAACAUGCACCAGAACAGCCGCAGAAUCAGGACCACGAUGAUAUCAACGUUGCUGCAUCUGCAGUGUCCGCAUCAAGAGAGGACGUUGUUUCAUCCGCACCAGAUCCUGGGACAAAUACAGAUACACUCGCUGAUGGGCAUCAGCCAUCAAAAGACAGGAAUCAUAAGGGCAAGAGCCGUCGUGGUAAAAGAGGGAACAAGAAAGGACACCGAAAUAAGCCUCAUAUUUUUACGAAUGCGUCGUCUGCGAACAAAGGGAAUCAUGACAGUUUAGAUCUAUUUGACGUGCAGGAAGACUCCACAUACGCUUUCACGAAAGGCAAAGGAGGUAAAACAGGACAAGAACGAGGAAAGCGGCGGAAAGGUCAAAAGCGAAAAGGUUUUACUUACAACGACGAUCCUGCCCACGAGGACGAGAACAGAACUAGAUUAUUUUCUCCUGCAGCGCGCGUCGGCCCACCGAGACGAGAUGCUCUUAAUGGAGGCACGCGCACGAUACAAGAUGAACGAGAUCGACAACAACAUGAUCCUACUCAACAUGGUGUUCAUGACGAGGACGUUGAGGUUGACGUAGUCGCAGAGAGACUUGCCGACCUUAGCGUUUCGUCAAGUACUUUUAGGCCACCACAUGAGACGAGUUCGACGAGACCCGAAACUACUGUUGUGGCUGCUCGACGCAUGAUACUUGGUUCGCUCGGGAUAGGCUUACGCGCUGACCACCGUGCAGAAGAAAGAACUUUUUGGGCACGGAAAGGAUCACAUCAACCGGGCAAGGGUCCCACUGCUCGGACCGACGUUCACCUUGAUAGCUUUAGCAACAAUGCGAAAGAUGGUGGGUCGACUUGGACGCUUAGCAAUGCGAGAGAUGAGACUGGGGACUCUGGAAAAUCAAAAAAAGGGGGCUUGAGAAGCAGUGCGAAAGAUAGUUUUAGAAGCAAAAAAGCGGAUCAGCACCAAGGAAAUGGAAAGCAUGAUUGGUCCUCAACACCAGCUAAUUAUAUGGGAUCUCACAUGGAAAAGGGAAAGGGCAAACAAGCUGACCAUCAAGGGAAAGCAAUCCGGUAUGGUAUGGACCAAGGGAAAUCCGAUUACACUCCGAAUUCUUCGAAAUGAUAGAUCCGUCCUACUGACGAACGAUGGCAUGGAUCAGUUCUAUUGACGGUGAACGAUUGGAUAUGCUCAUGCGGAUGCAAAGAAGUACUGGCGACGAACGAAAGUUCUUACCUCUAUUUGGAUAUGUUAUGAGGUCGUGCUGGAGAGCGUGGAGAAGGGCUAGAUGAUUGACCUGAGCCAGUCGCAGUACGCUGUUUCCACCAGUAAUGAUACACAUUCCAGUGGGUUUAAUAUGAAAGAAGCGUGGUCUACUUCAAAAUAAAUGACAGAUCAUGAAUUGGGGAGGACGAUCCAAACUUCAUCGAGUUUUCACUCGUUCUCUUUCAGUGUGCACAGUUUUAUUCUUGGAAGUUCCGGCAGGACCAGGAGUAACAGUAAGCUUGUUUUAUCGAUGACAAUAGGGCGCCCAGCAAGGCAAACACGUGUCACGUUGACGUAUUUCCUUA